CAUGCUGAUGAGGGAUCAGGACCUAAAUGAUUCCAACACAAACAAUGAGAAUGCCUCUGAUGAUGAAACAUUGUUAUCAUUAAUGAACAGGUUAUUUCUUUUCCUGUCUGAAUGCCAAUCUUGUUUUCAACUAUUAAGAUUUUAUUUCACUGCUACUAGUUUCUCUAGCUUAUUUUGUCACUGUAGGGGCACUUGGACAGCACCAGUACAUGUCAAACUAUAAUUACUGUUCUUCUAAGUUAAUUUUCCAACAUAAGGGAAAACUCAUUGAUCAGUUUGGUCUUAGAUCACCUCAGAUUAGCCUUCAACCAUUCAUUGCAGCCAACCUACCAUGGGGUUAUCACCUAAUUGAAAUGGGCAUUUUCUCAUUCAAGUCAAUCACCUAAUUGAAGUCAACUAUUAUACUCUCCUUCUUUGAUAAUAUGGGCAAUCUUUACUUUGCAUACGAGACAUAAUCUUCAUAGAAGAUUUAUUUUUCUUGUUUUAAUACAUGGCAGCUAUGAGACAAUUACCCAAUCAAUGGCUAUUAGCGUUUGCCAAGUGGAAGAGAAAAAACUAUUAGCAAAGUUAUGAGUGGUAGAUCAUCCAUACAUUCUGGUUCUGUGUUGGCUCGGCUUCUAUGGCUGGUCAUCGUUUCGUCUGCUGCUACCUCCUGUUGUUGUUCCAGUGCUGCUGGGAAUAUCAGUACUUCGAACGAUGUCAAUGUUCGGUGUAUGGAGAGGGAAAAACAUGCUCUUCUUCAGUUCAAACAAGGGUUGGUGGAUGGCUCCAAUGCUCUUGCCUCUUGGGAAAGCAAGGAAAACUGCUGCGAGUGGAGAGGAGUUGCAUGCGACAACCAAACAGGUCAUGUCAUCAUGCUAGAUCUCUACUAUAAUUCAUCUGAUAUUAAUGAUAAUACUCCUUUAAGUGGGGAGAUUGGUCCCUCACUACUUGAAUUGCCAUAUCUAUAUUACUUGGACCUCGGUUUUAAUUCUUUAAAUGGAACGAUUCCCAAGUUCUUCGGUUCUUUGAGUCAGUUGAAAGUACUCAAACUCGGAUCCAACAGUUUUAGCGGAACCAUUCCUCCCCAACUUGGCAAUCUAUCCAAUUUGCAUACUCUUGAUCUUUCAUGGAACACUGUCACUUCUAAAAAUCUCGAGUGGGUAUCUCAGCUUUCUUCCUUGAGAUACUUGGACAUGUCAUAUCUUAAUUUCUCUUGUGCUCUAAAUUGGCCCCAAUCUAUAAGCCAGCUCCCUUCACUGAUAGAGCUUCAGUUAGAAUCAUGUGAUCUUCCUGAUGUUGAUAUGGCAUCACUUUCCUUUAUUAAUUCUUCGACCUCUCUCCAAGUAUUUCAUCUCCCUCUUAAUUUCCUCAGUUCUUCAGUAUUUUGUUGGAUAGGUAAUGUCAGCAAGAACCUUGUUUCCAUUGACCUAUCUAAUAGCAGGAUUAAAGGUCCUAUCCCAGAUGUUUUCACAAACAUGGAUUCUCUGUUAUCUCUUGACCUCAAUUGUAAUCAACUUGAAGGUGGCUUACCAAAUUCCUUUCGAAGCCUAUGCAGAUUGGAAAAAUUGAAUUUAUCGUCAAACAAUUUUUCUGACAGACUUGAACAAUCUAUAGGCAACUUGUCUUGUGCACAGGAUACCCUUAAGUCAUUAUACUUGGGUGGAAAUAUGUGGUGGGGGUCAUUUCCUAAUGAUCUUACAAGGUUUGUAUCCUUGGAAGAAUUGGACAUUGACAAUGCCACUAUGAGCGGGUCGCUCCCAAAGAGUUUUCGGCAACUAUCCCAGCUAAGAACCUUGCGUCUACCUCAUAACCGGUUAAGUGGCUCAUUCCCAGAUGUUACAGGUCUUUCAUUGUUAUCAUGGAUAAAUCUUUCUGAUAAUCAACUGAAUGGCUCUCUACAUGACAGUUCAGGUCAACUAUCCAGCCUUACAGAAAUCGAUCUUUCUCGAAAUUCUCUGAAUGUUGUCUUAACUGAAGCCCACUUCUUGAACCUGUCUAAGCUACAGUUUGUGGAUGUUUCUUAUAAUCCAGCUUUUUCUUUCCAUGUGAGCUUAAGUUGGAAUCCACCUUUUCAGCUUAUAAGUUUAAAAAUGGCAUCUUGCAAGGUCGGCCCUGCUUUUCCUAAAUGGAUACAUACACAGAGACAACUUUGGGCGCUUGAUUUGUCUAAUGCUGGGAUAUCAGAUUCAAUACCUUACGAGUUUUGGGAACUAUCUUGCAGCUUAUAUCAGUUAGAUCUCUCUACCAACCAAAUCCAUGGAAGUUUUCCGAAUCCAUCAGCAAGGAACCGCACCAUUGCUUCUAUUGACUUGAGUUCUAAUCAGUUGUCUGGUGCACUCCCACCAUUUCUUAUGAGUGUAGGUUCAUUACUGUUGCUCUCCAAAAACAAGUUUACAGGAGACCUAUCUUCCAUAUGUUCAACUAGGGCUCCAUAUUUGUAUAUACUCGACCUUUCUCAUAAUCUGCUAUCAGGGGAGCUCCCUAAUUGUUGGGUUCAAUUUCAAGAACUGAUCGUGUUGAAUUUGGCAAACAAGAGUUUCUCUGGGAAAAUACCAAGCUCAUUUGGUUCUUUAAAGUAUCUUUCUCAAUUACAAUUACAACGUAACAAUUUUUCAGGUGAACUGCCUUCUCUGGAGAACUGUACGCUGUUACUUUUGGUUGACCUUGGAUUCAAUAACUUAUCUGGAAAGAUACAAGCAUGGAUAGGCAGCAGCCUUCAAAAGUUGUGGGUUCUACAAUUAAGGUCAAACCACUUCUCUGGAAGCAUUCCCUCAAGUAUAUGCAGUCUGCCUCUCAUUCGUGUUUUGGACCUCUCUCAAAACAAUAUAUCUGGAGUAUUGCCACAUUGCCUCAACAAUUUGACAGCUUUCUCUUCGGUUUCUCAGGAGGUGGAUGAUUUUCCAUUUCCUUUCUCAGAUCAUGAUUUUGUUUUACAACUUAUUUGGAAAGGAGCAGAGACGGAGUAUGGGAAAAACUUUAGGUAUUUGAGGAGCAUUGACAUUUCAAGCAAUAACUUAACUGGGGUGAUUCCGGAAAACAUAACAUAUAUGCUUGGGUUACGUUCUCUUAACCUUUCAAGAAACAAUUUGACUGGGGUGAUUCCUGGAAAGUUUGGUCAGUUGGAGGUGCUUGAAGUUCUUGAUUUGUCAAGAAACCACCUAUCUGGUAGUAUUCCUGAUAGUUUUAGGAACUUGCAUUCUAUAGCUGUCUUGAAUUUAUCGAUCAACAACUUGUCAGGAAGAAUUCCAUCCAGCACCCAACUUCUGACUUUUACUGAAUCUUCAUUCGCUGGAAAUGUUGGACUUUGCGGGCCACCGCUAACAACAAAAUGCCCCGGAGAUAGACCGAGUGAAGAUCCAAAAGUCACUGGUGGCACUGAAAGUGAUGGUUUCAUAACACCAGGGUUUUAUGCCGGCAUAGGGAUUGGAUUCUUAAUAGGAUUUGUGGGAGUCUGCCUUGCUUUACCGCCCGAGACUUCUUGGAGAUACGUACAGCAGUGUUUAAGGCAAAGAUAAGGAAGGGAGUUCAACUGAAGAUAAACGAAGCUGCUGUCAUGUGUGGAAAUGUACUGGAGAACUUGGAAGUUUGAUUAUUCGGGCCUCUGAUGUGGGUGGUUUCAGAUCCAAGGUGUCUCUGCUUUCUCUUUCAACAAGUCGAGGUCUCAGAUGCUUCUUGGUUUGUAUUACUAUUCUGAAUAAUGGAGAACUGUCUGGGGCUCUAAGUGAAUAGUCUAGUCCAAGUAUGUAAUGAAAGAUGUACAUGUUCUUUGUUAUGUAUUUCUACUAUCUACUAUUAAGGUUUAACUAGCAUUUUAUUUUAGGAGGCUCUCUGAGUGCUUAUUGUAAUUUGAGUUUCAUGCUUUA